UACGCCCUCAUGUGUCAAAAAAUAAAAACACAAGUAUGAGGAGGUUACACUAUGUUAUAACCUCCGUGAGUUUCUGCGAUAAACUUUGUGGAGGGAAUUGGAAUGGGUAUGAGCCUGGUAUGAGCAUGGUUUCGUUCUACAGUUGACAUCAUAUACUCUUUGGUUGUCACGGCAGUUCCGGGCAGUUCUAUGAGAUAAUGAUGUUGUAAGGGUGGCUGGGGAGUCUUGGCUUGUUUGCAAGUAAAUCAUGGCUGUAUUUUUGGCCUUAUUCCUACAAGUGUGUGCCUUGUGUUGGGGUUGGUAGAGGUAGAGUGUAAUCUUUGAACUCGAAUUAAUACUUCAGGCUUUCAAUGCACAGAAUACUAUCUGCAAUAAGACGAAGUCUAAAUGGUGAAACCAAACAAAAUAUUUCGCAAACGAAUUCCGCAAACAAAAAUCAAAUGAAACGUACUGGCGACGAAAUUGACAGGGACAAAAAUUUUGAACAUCCGGAUGCGGAUUCAGAGGAUGGGUUUUAUGAAGUGCUGCAGAACCUGUUUCCUUCAUCGCCUUACAGCAUUUAUUGCAGUAAUUCCCCAGAAAAUCCUUCUUUUCAACCACAAAUGGCUGAUUCAGGUGAACCUUCUUCACCUCCUGAAACUGUAGAAUUUUUCAGUGGAACAGAGGAAAGUGAAAACCCUGUUGAUACAUCAUUGGAAAAGGAAACAUCCUCUAAGGAAAUACAGUGUUGUUCAGUGAAGUCUGUGGGUGUUCAGUGUGAUUCUAUAACAUAUGUUUCGAAGGGAGUGCAAUGGGAACCCCUUUUGAUGGAGUCUCAAAGUGUACAGUGCAUGUCUCUGGAUCAGGUGGCAAAGGAAGUGCAAACCUUCAACACGUACAAGUCCCAAUGUGAGCCAAAUGAGUCUGUGUCAAUGGUUACAACAGGGGUUCAAUAUGAAUAUCCAUAUGCAGAGGAAGAAUCAUGUGAGAAACAAUCAUAUACAUCAAAACAACUUUCAGUGAAUGUGCCUUUUGAAGAAUCAGAGAGUGUAGAUAGUGAAUCAGUUACCCAUUUGAGUGAAACUGAGAAUCGGAGAGUUCUUGCAGAUCUCUGCAUUACAUUACCGUCAGUGCAGAGUGAAUUGGUUGUGGUAAAUUCAUCCGAAUCCAGUGAAUGUGUGGACUCUUAUGCCUCUCAUGGAAGUGAUGUCGAUGUUCCAGAAGAUGAACAUGAAGUGGAACUGUAUAGUUCUCAACCUGUUCCAAGUACCAGUGGUGUAAACUGCAAAAGAAAAAGAAAAUGUUCCAAUAGAGUAAGAAAAAUGAAACAUUCGAGAAAAACAAGUAUGCAUUCUAGAAAUGAAAGAACAAAAGAAAAAUAUUCCAACAAAAGGCUUCCUUUAGAGGCAAGAACUGAUAGGAAUCGAUCCAUGAGUGAAGGUGUGAACUAUGAUAGUGAUGAGUUAGAAGGUGAAGGUGUUGAGGAAAAAGAAGCUAAUAAUGUUAAGAAAGCGAUCAGUUCUGUAUCAAAAAAACCAAGUACAUUUGGUAAAAAUGGAGAGAAAUUAGUUGUUGAAGAAACUCCGGAAGAGUUACUUGCGCAGAUGGGAAAUAAUGAGAAUUGUUUGGCCAAGGAAGACCUUAGCAAUAAGGAGGAUGGUGUUCCAAAGCGAGUUACAAAGGUCAAAUUGCAACAAAUUGCUUCCCAGAAAAUUUUGAAUUUAUCUGGUUCACAAAGUGAAGCAACAAGAAGUAGUGAGAAAUCAGGUGUUGAAGAAUCAUCAGAAGAGAUCCUUAAGCCCAUGGGAAAUGACCAGAAUUUGUCCAAGGAAGAUACUAGCAGUAACAGUGAUGUUGCCUCGGAGAGUAUUAUGAACGGCUAUCAGCAAAACAGUGCUUCCCAGAAAAUUAUCAGCGCCACUUCUCAACAAAGUCAUUCAACGAGUCUCGUUCCAGCAACUUCAGAUUCUCAAAGAACUGGUGGAUUGAACUGGUUCAGCAGUUUAGCAUGUGAAAGGACCUCAUCACCAGAAAUUUUUGGUGAAGAUAUGUUUGAAGAACUGAAAGAAGAUAGAUCAGAUUGCAAUAAAAAUCUUGCGCACAGUGUUCAGUCCAAAAACUCAGAUAUUGUAGAUAAAGGGCUCUCAUUUCAUAAUAUUCAGCAUUCAACCCCUACAAAACAAACUAGCACUGCCAGGAAGUCUCUUGUCCAAAAUUUGAAGAAUGACUCUCAUAAAACAUCAGCAAAAAAGAGUCUCUUAUUUUAUCAUUGUGAUGAAUAUUUCCCCCAUGUGGAUACUAAAAUGUUUGACUGUGAUGAUGAUUUGAUGGCCUUGAAUCAGAUGUGGGAAGAUUCAGAUUCUGAUCCUGGAUCCACCUGUGCUGACAAUUUUAGUGAAACAAACAAAGGAGUGUUUAAGAAAAAUCUUAAAAAGAAACAACAGCAUUCUAAAUCAACCCUGAUCAACAAUAAAUCGCAGAAAACUGGUAUAAUUCCAUCUGAUCCAUGGAAACAAAAGACUCGAAAGGGAAUUAAUUGUGAUAGAGUCAGUAAAUCCCAUCUUGAAAGCUCCCAAUCAAAUUCCAAAAGUGUUUUAGAGAAAAAUGUGGUUAUGUCUACGUCAAAGAGUGACAGUGAGAGUGAGAAUUCAAUAGAAUCUGACAUGGUGUCAAGAAUCAAGAUUAGAAGAGUUCAGAGAAAAAAAAAUUAUUCAGAGAAAAAUACAGUUAUGUCUAUAUCAAAUAGUGAGAGCAGUGAGAGUGAGAAUUCAGGUGAAUCUGACAUUGUUCCAAGAAAAAAUAUAAAGAGAGUUCAGAGAAAAAGUAGUUAUUCUGAGAAAAAGGCCAUUAUAUUUUCUGCAAAUAGUGAUGGUGAGAAUUCAAGGGAAUCAGACAUUACGUCAAGAAGCAAGAAAAGAGUUCAGGAGAAUAAAGAAUAUACAUCUACUCAACAAAAUCCUGGCUCAAGAACAAAGAGUGGAAAUGUUAGUAUUCAUAGCACUCAAGUGGGCAAUAAGCAUUUUACUCAAAGAGAUCCCAUAAAUUCUAGUCCUGUGCAUAUCAGUAUAUGGUCUUCAGAUGAGGAUGAAGGUAGUAAAGUAUCAAGAGUGACAUGCGGUUCUACAGCAAGUAAGGGUUUAAGUCGACGGGGAACGUGGUAUAUGAAAGAAGAGCGUGAAGCAAUUUUGUGGUACAUUAUUGACCAUAAAUAUUUCAGACUUGUUAGAGGAAGAGCCUUAUGGCAGAGAAUGGAGGAAGAACAAGUGUGUAUUAAUCGUACAUGGCAGAGCAUGAAAGAACACUUUCUUAAGAAAAUUCUUCCUCAGAUUGAAAGUUUCCAUUUAAAUCCUGAAAUUACAAAAAAAUUUCUCCAUGUUAGGAAAUAA